AUGUUCUCGCGAACGGUCGCCUCGUCCUUCCUCCGGCAAGCCGCCCGGCCCGCCGCCGUCCGCUCCUCGGCCUCCCUCUUCCGCGCCCCCAUCUCCCCUCUCACUCCCUUCCAGGCGCGCCUGCUCUCGGACCAGACCCGGGCAGCCAUCGACAAGGCGGUCGCUUCGGCGCCGGUGGUGCUGUUCAUGAAGGGAACCCCCGAGAUGCCCCAGUGCGGCUUCUCCCGCGCCGCGAUCCAGAUCCUCGGCCUUCAGGGCGUCAACCCCGAAAAGUUUGCCGCCUUCAACGUCCUCGAGGACCCAGAGCUCCGAGAGGGAAUCAAGGAGUACUCGGACUGGCCCACGAUCCCUCAGCUCUACGUCGAGAAGGACUUUGUGGGAGGCUGCGACAUUCUCGUCUCGAUGCACCAAAACGGCGACCUGGCCAAGCUCUUUGAGGAGAAGAAGGUGAUCCUCGAGGGUGAGCUCGGCGAGAGCGACAAGAAGGAGUAG